UAAUUCAAAACGUUCAAUGGUUGAAGGGGUUCUUAGUGAAUCUUCAAACUUAGAAAUUCAAGUGGCUUCUGGAGAUUUCGAAAAGAAGUGCGAACAGAGCGCGCGAAAGGAACCCGAACGAAGUCGGAAGAAGCUUCCAGAAGCAGCGACGGCGACGCCAACGGCGAACUCCGCACUCCGAUCGGCAGCCGCGGCGGCGGCGGCGCGCACGAAGCCCUCGGUCGCCUCCGCAGAGCUACGCCGCCUCCCCCCUCGCCGGAGCUUCUCCUCCGCCGCUCACCACGACGACGCAAGUGAGGCGGAGAAAUGGGAGAAGAUCACGUACGCGGGGAUUAUAACGUGCACGAUCCUCACCAUUUAUAACCUUCGAAAGGGUCAUCACCACUACCCGGAUCCUCCUCCGUACCCGUAUCUCCAUAUCCGGAACAAAGAGUUUCCUUGGGGUCCUGAUAGCCUUUUUGAAAGCAUGAAGAAGAAGCAUUCAGACCAUUAACACAGCUCUCUAGGGCUUGUUCUGGAAGAACUUUCUAUGGAACAUUCUACGAUUGAUCGAGUGCCGUUUGUGCAUGUUUGUUGUUUUAGUUCUAAUUCUAAAAGUUUAGUGAACUUUGCUGUUGAGAGAAGUUUGGUGUAUGUAUGAAUUAUGAUACCAGUUGUAAUGACUCUAGUGUUGGAACAUAUAUUAUGUACAAGUGUAUGAAUGAUACUUGUUGAAAUAUGUAUAUAUAUUCUCUGCAUCAUUUUGUGAAUUA